AGAGCACAUAAAUGGCAUAAUUAGAUUUUUUUAGAUGAUUUUUUAUGUAUUAAGUUUGAUAAAAUGAGUAAAAAGAGAAUUUGCCUUCCCUCUUGAUUAUAUAUUGAUUAUACAGAUGCUUACUCAUCCAAGUCUUCUUCUUCAAGACCAUCUAAGAAGAUCAACACGAAAUUCCCUCAUUUUUUGGUGCUAGAUCAUAGCCCUUCUCCUCCAUCAAGACGCAGGAAGAUAAGAAAUUGGAUCGUUUUAGGUUAAAGAUAUGGAUUUUGAGUUGAGACGAGCUAGAGAGAAGCUGGAGAGAGAGCAAAAGGAGCGGAAAGAGAAUGCGAGGUUGAAAUUGGAGAGGGAGAGGAAGUUUAAACAGGAGGCUAUUCGGCAGCGGGAAGCCAUCGAAGCCGCUCAGCGUGCUCGCCGUCUCGAUGCUGCAGAAGCUGAAUUUAAGGCAAAUCAGAAAAUUGAAGAAAAUCUAAUAGCUGGACGUGGCAUUGUUUUUUGUCGUGUUUUAGAAGCUAUCCCUUAUCAAGGCAGUGGUGAUAAAAUUAAAUUGCCAUCAUCUUGUUUUACUGAAUUGUCUGAACAAUGUGCCUUUGAGAAAGGACCACUACAUUUUUAUUUGUCUGCAAUUCAUCAAAGCAUUAACGGAGUUGAUGAGACGUCAACGACCAACAGGACAACACAUGCUGGUGUCUUGGAGUUCACUGCAGAUGAGGGUUUCACACAGUUGCCUCCUCAUAUAUGGAGUAAUUUAUUCCCUGAUGAACAUCACCCCAUGACUCCUACAGUUGAAGUGCGUUAUGUGUGGUUACCAAAAGGAACCUUUGCAAGACUUCAGCCUAAUGAACCUGGGUUUUCUGACAUCCCUAAUCACAAGGCUGUUCUUGAAACAAGCCUUCGACAGCAUGCCACACUAUCAGAAGGAGAUGUUCUCACUGUUAGUCACGGUGUGCUGACAUAUCAUUUGCGUGUUCUUGAGUUGAAACCUUCUUCCAGUGUAUCUGUUUUAGACACAGAUAUAGAGGUUGAUGUAAUGGGUGCGGAUCUAACUGCAGAUGGAACAAGUCAGCCUAUACUAAUACCUCUGACAUUAGGGAAGCCAGAAGAUGGAGCUGUUGAGGAGGGAAAAUACAUCUACUAUAAAUUCUCAAUAGAUGAUGCCACGUGGGUAGGAGUUUCCUCUGGAGAUGCCGAGAUAGAAGUGAAGAUAGACUCAAAAACACAGGAUGGAGAUACGGAUUUGUAUAUAUCGAGACAUCCUCUCUUAUUCCCAACACAACAUCAGCACAGGUGGUCAUCACAUGACAUCGGUUCGAAAUCCUUAGUUCUUGGUUCUCAAGGCUUGGGAGUAGGUGCUUACACUGUUGGUGUUUUUGGUUUCAAGGGAACAACCAAAUAUCAACUCUCAGUAACUGUUCAAAACAAAUUGAAGCCAAUGUUGGGCCAGCAAACAUCAUUUGUUGAGACAGACACUAUUGAAUGCCGGAAUUGUAAGCAUUACAUACCUUCCAGAAGUGUAGCGUUACAUGAAGCAUACUGUGUCAGGCACAAUAUAGUUUGUCAGUAUGCCAAUUGUGGAGUCGUUCUUAGGAGAGGAGAGGCUGAGAACCAUGUCCACUGUGGCAAAUGCGGGCAAGCUUUUCAGAAGGAAGAGAUUGAGAAGCAUAUGAAAGUUUUCCAUGAGCCACUUGAUUGCCCGUGUGGUGUUGUCCUUGAGAAAGAAAAGAUGGUGCAACAUCAAUCUUUUGAGUGCCAUUUGCGGUUAAUUACGUGCCGCUUCUGUGGAGACAUGGUUCAAGCUGGGAAUUCAGCAGGUGUAGAUGCACGAGACCGACUGAGAGGACUCACGGAGCAUGAGAGUUUGUGCGGUUGCAGAACAGCCCCUUGUGAUUCAUGUGGCCGAGCGGUUAUGUUGAAGGAUAUGGACAUACACCAAAUCGCCGUUCACCAAAAGGGCUGACCCUUAAUUGGUAUUCAUUCUACAUUCCACAUCGUGAAUAAUUCUUAGCUUCUCUGAAUAUGAAGACUGCUUGCUUGCACGUUUCCUCUCCAUUUUGUAUUUAAAAUGGGAUCGCAAACCAGCUGCUGAUAUUUGGUGUACCUAUUUAUCUAUAUUGCUAUCGUUAUGUUCGUCUGUUGAGUAUGAAUGGGGAUUUGAUGAUGUAGUAGCGUGUGUUUUUCGGGCUCUGUCUAAUUUUCUGACAUUCUCGUUCCUGCAUUAACAAUUCUCAGCUAUCUUUUGCCUUAAUGUCCUUGCAGCUUUGCAAUUGUUGUCUUUCUAUUGACACGCUACGUGUUAUAAUAACUGGCUAACACAUUC